UGAGUGAGACAAGACUUCCCCUCUCAUCGCAGAGCGAAGUCCCAGGCCUCUCCAGCACAACAUUCACACAGAGUAGGCUCCCUGCCACCACGAUGCCUGCACCUGCCUCCCCACCCCGCCUGCCUCUGCCACCCCUGCUGCUGCCCCUGCUGCUGGGCCUCACAGGAGUGGCAGGUGAGGUGGAGCUGCAGGUGAUCCAGCCUGAGAAGUCAGUGUCACUCCCACCUGGAGAGGCCCUCACUCUACGCUGCACCCUGACUUCCCUGAUCCCCAUUGGGACGGUUAGGUGGUUCAGGGGGACAGAGUCAGGCCGAGAGUUAAUCUUCAGCUUCAGAGGAGGCCAUUUCCCCCGAGUAACAAAUAUUACAGAUACCACAAAGAGAAACAACGUGGACUUUUCCAUCCGCAUCAAUAAUAUCACCCCAGCAGAUUCCGGUACCUACUACUGUGUGAAGUUCCAGAGAGGAAACCCCGAUGUGGAGUUGAAGUCUGGACCAGGCACCAGGGUGUUUGUACAUGCUAAGCCCUCUUUUCCAGAGGUUUCUGGCCCCUCCAACAGGACCAGCACAGGCCAGAUAGUGAAUUUCACCUGCACGUCAACUGGCUUCUUUCCCAAAAACAUACACCUGAAAUGGUUUGAAAAUGGCAUGGAGCUUCCCGCCUUUCAGACCUUGGUCUUCCUGCUUGGAGAUGCUGCAUCCUACACUAUCAUCAGCAUAGCCAUGGUGACCCUUGACUUAUCCUCACUCCACUCCCAGCUCACCUGCCAAGUGGCUCACAGUACAUUGCAGAGCCCCCUCAGUAGGCACGUGAACAUCUCCAAAUUCCUCCAAGUUAUACCCACAGUGACUAUAUCAGCACACCAGGUUCCAAGCCUUCAGCUGGCCAUACUCACUUGCCACAUCCAAAGGUUCUACCCUGAAGUCAUACAAAGCACCUGGCUAGAGAUGAACAAAGGCCUUAAGGCCUGUGAGGCUUCCGUGCUCACCAAGAACCCAGAUGGCACAUUCAACCAAGACAGUCAUAUCCUGGUCUACACCUCUGAGGACAAAGCACAGCUCACCUGCCAAGUGUGGCAAGAGGCCCAGCCACCAGUCCAGGCCAGCAUGCAACUGAGUGAGUUCAGAGAAGCCAGAGCAUUCAGCGCCCCCUCUGGGACCCUCAUCCUGCUUGGCUGGAAGUUGUUUUCCCUCACUGCACUUUGCACCAUCUGUGUCCUCAAGAGGAGAUUCCCUUCCAGGAGAACUGAUCCAGGAACAGCACUUGCCAUGAAGCCUGCAGCCACUACCAAAGCUUCUCCUGUCCCACCAGCCUCCUGAGACCUGUCUAGCACUGGCUGUCCCUCCCUGUCUCCUGCAGCCCACAGAAAGGAUGAGAGCCUGGACUGGGAAAGGCUGAGAGGUAGCCUUUCACAUCCUAUGGACAGCAGUUUCUCUGGGGAUUCUGGGCAUGAAGUCCAUUACCCUGAGCAAGAAAUCCAGAAGAGGCAAAUUAAGCUCCUACCCAGGGAGGCACACAAACCUGCAAUUCUGAAGGCCCCUCCCAGACUCCUCAAGGAAAGCCUGUUGUGCAUGAGACCUUUACAGCUCCAUCAUUAAAAUGUUAUAAGAAACAUCUAUGGCCAAUAAACAUAUAAAGAGAUGUCCAAUCUCAUUAGUAAUCGGGAAAAACCAAAGCAAAACCACCCUGAGACACCACUUGCUCCCUACAUAGAAAAAAUAAAGAAGCCAUUGACUCUUU